GGAAUGUUAUCACAAAAAUAAAAAAACUGCGAAAACUCAAAGUCUCAAACGAAGAUGAAGAUUGCAUAAGUUGAUGUUUCCGAUUUAUUAAUUUAGUUCAAUUCAAACGUUUUAUUAAUAAUGGAUAACGACGUGAAUAUCACCGAAGAAGACGUGGUUAUUACCGUUAAAAUUUUAGUACAAGAUCACGAAGUACAUACCAUCAUCGGCGAAAAUGAAUCACUCUUGAAUCAAAUCAGAAGAAACUCCGGCGCCAGCAUAAGUAUAUCGGAUGGGUCGAACUUGGAUCGUGUAGUAAUUAUUACGGGAACUGUUGAGGAAAUGUACGACGGAUGUAGAAUGAUUCUCGAACGGCUUUCUGCGUUUAGUGAAGAAACAGAUAAAGGCUUCGAUCCGGAUAACGUAGCUGUAAAACUGAUUAUACCAGCUUCCCAGUGCGGAUCACUGAUCGGUAAAGGUGGCAAUAAGAUCAAAGAAAUACGAGAUAGUAGUGGUGCAGCUAUGCAAGUUUCAGCUGAAAUGCUUCCUCAUUCUACUGAAAGAAUUGUUCAUAUAUCUGGGCAUAUUGAAUCUAUAUUAGAUUGUAUAUAUGAAAUUUGCUAUUCAUUGGUUACGUCACCGGUGAAAAAUAAUUCUGUGCCGUAUAAACCUACAUCGGAUAUGGUAGAAGGACCUAUCGUAUUCUCAGAUGGAAAAGCAUAUACUUUACAUGGUACAACUGCUGUUCCUAUUGCUGACGUCAAUUUUCUUCUGAAAAAUGAACUCCUUCAACCAUUUCUUGGGAUCACUAGCAGUUCCGACGCUUCAGCUCUCGUAAGAAUGUUAAAAUCGCACGUAUUUAAUAUUAAAUCCAACCCUAUAACGGAUAGAAAACCCAAUUUCCAUAAACAAGAAUACAGAGUGCCUGAUAGCUGCGCUGGCGGUAUGAUUGGAAAAAAUGGAAUCAAGAUUUCAGAAAUAAGACAAAUUUCAGGAGCUGUAAUUCAUCUUCCAAAUGUAGAUGAAAACGCUGCUCAUGAAAUGAAAGAACGAAUGAUUACUUUGGAAGGUACUCGAGAAUCUGUAGCUUUUGCGAAAUUCUUGAUUAAUGCUAGCAUUGAACUUCAAAAAACCAACUUUGAAAAUACUCCAAAUGCUGAACAAUUUGAAAAUGUGGAAACUGAAUCGGCCACGUCUACGUUAGUUAGCAUUUUAUCGAGACCAGGAGCAUUGAAUGUGGUUUCUUCAUUCUUAGGAUAUCAAAAUAUUUCCGAAUUUGUUAAUAGUUUUGAAAAUUAUCGAUUUUAAUACGUAUAAUCGUCAAUUUGGAAAAUUCAUUCGUUUUACGUUCGAGUCAUUUUUUCAUUGUUAAACGAAUUUUAAAAAAUAAACCAUGUCCUACAUACAAAA